GUUUGUCACCGUUUUAGAGCGCGGGUAGCUGUGGCAUAUAUCUUAUAUAUCGGCCUCCGUCCGCUACAAUGAACUCUCGCCUUUAUCUUCUAGAUGUCUCUGUACAAAUGUACAGAGAGGGUACAAAUCUUCAUGGAUCUAUGGAAAAGAUAGCAAUAAUGCUAGCCGGGUACUCUAAUGCUACACGGCCAAUUUACAGAUUUAAAGUCUCUGGUGAAGGACGAGUACUUGCAGUUUUUGAAGUGAACAACAUCCUUGGAUUGGAACGAACUGUUGCAGGGCUAUGGCGAAUGGGUGGCGUAAAUGUUGUAUGUACACCGUUGCGCACCUAUGAAGCUGUGGCUCAAUUUCUUGGUGUUGACGGAUCUUUAAUCUCACCUACUGUAGCACCUUUGCAGUCAGUUGAAAAAAGUCUAUAUUGGUUAGAAUGUUUGGGCAAUCCUGGCUGUGACACAGUGAAUGAAACUCUUGAGAAAUGGAAAGAUGGUGCUUCAGUUGUACUGAGCUACCGAGCUCAACAACAUCUUGAGAUGGACAUCUACAAAGUUGUUGCUGAACAAAAGUUUCAUUUAUUCCUGGCUGUAGAAGACCCUGGCGACGUUGAUAAACUCUCCUUUAUGUUGUCCUCAGUUUUGACACCAUACGGAGUGAAAAUCCAUUGCCGAGCUCUUCAAGUCUUAGAUGAUUACUCCAAAAAAGUGAUGAAGGAAAAUUUGUAGUUUACCAAAUAAAUUCCUUUGUUUUUA